AUGGGGUUGAGGGACAGUGCGAGCUGCGAUUGCGGCGAGCUCGAGGAGGACCGUCACCACAUACUGCGGGAUUGUCCCCUAUAUAGGGACACACGCGAGGAGCUGCUGCAGAAAGUCGUGCUGGAGACGCACGGCCCCGCUUGGUACCCCGAUCUAGUUGCGUCAGAGGCGAACUUCAAACGGCUCAAGGCGUUUGCGUACAAGUGGCAUAUGCGCAAAGUCAAGAAAGUCGGCGUGUGGCCAGUAGGCAUAGUCGGUGGUAUGCGAGUGGAGAUGCCCUUAGUCAAAGAUGGGAAGGUCACCGGUUACAACGCCGCGUGGAAGCCCUUCAGACCCUUCCCUAUCGAUAUGGCAGGGUUCGCCAUCAACGCAACCCUGUUUUUGGAUGUACCUAAUGCCAAGUUUUCGAGGAAAGUGCAGUCCGGAUUUCAGGAGAGCGAAAUACUAAAGUAUUUCACGACCAACAGCGAACUGGAACCAUUAGCUGACAACUGCACCAAGGUAUACGUCUGGCACACUCGAACUCAGAAGCCGUCCAUACUCAACCCGAAGAAGCUCAAGACUCCUAUCACUCCGGACGACAAUAUCGAGGUUUGAAUUGGUAAUAAAUAAUGCCAUAAACUGUUUAUCGAAAUUGCAACCUCUUUUGAGGAAUUUGAAAAUUUUGACAAUCGAAUACUUGACAUUUGACAUGUCAUUUUGAUGUCAAAACGUCAAAGGCUCUGAAG